AGCGCAUCGUCCCAAGCCCACCACAGCCUACAACGACCCCUGUAGGCUCCCUCCCUCCCCAAUUCCUGGGAGUGCUUUCGACGUCCGUAUGUACGCGAUUCGAUGCGCACUGCGAGUGUCUACGAAACGACCUCCAGCGCGCUUUAUCCGCGGUCGCCGCUACCCAUCCACACCACGACCACGACCACGAGCAUUCCAUACCACCCGCACCCUCGCACAAGCCUCGGAUCCGCCGCCCGCUCCCAAUAGCACGCCCGCCGACCAAGAUGACGUCAACAAGACGGACCGAGACCAGGCGGCAGCAGGCGAGGAACCAGCAGACAGCGCAGUAGCGCCAGACGACCCCGAGCUUCUCGCCCAGAAACUCCAGCGCUCACGCGAAUCCUCACGCAGGUACUCGGCUGCCUUGCGGCGCCAACAGCGGGGGAAGAAGACGCAAGGCCUGCCGCCUGUACACAUACCAGACUGGUUCCUGAAGAAGAGGGUAAUACGUCGCGAAGACCUGUCCAGAGAUCCACAGAUACCCAAACCGCCCACGGUUCUGUCUGUGGCAGUCACUCAUGCCGAGUCCGGAGAGCACGCCGCGUGCACCAUCCCCGCUCGACGCGACUCAGACGCUGCCCAGAUCCUCUCGCGACUAGUGCGUGGCCUGUGGAGCAGGCGUCUGGACGACCAUGAAAAGCUCAAGGUCGACAAGUAUCUUGAAGAAAGGAUUGCCCCAGCUGACCACACCGAAACCCACCUGUCGCAAUUACGGAACGAUGAGGCAGUCGCCAGCACCGAAGCAGGACGACCUGGUGAGGUGCCCAUAGCCACAAUCACAGAAGACAGUGCUUUCACAGAAGCUUGGUCUAAGCUAAGCAAGCUAAACAACGAUACCGAGAUGGAUCCGCGCAAGAAGAUUGAAGCAAUGAGGAAACAGAGUGCCAAGCUAGGCAUGGCUGCUAGGAAACGGGAGAUCGCCAGGACCCGGCAGAUGGGUAGCUCCAGACGCCUAUCGUCCUUGGUCAUCGCUGAGAUUCGCGCCACUAUCGCUGCUUCUCUUUGCUCGUUGCAGCCAGCAGCUAGCGACUCGUUCCCUGCUGCAAAGACGAACCUCAUACUCCAUUCGCCUACAGCCGAGCACGAGGCCUCGAUAGAUGAGUGCGUAACAUCUACUGCUUUUGAAAUGGGAUCCGACGUCAUCGUCCUGAGUGCUCAAGAUCUCGCUCACUUAGCUGGCGAUUACCUUGGUGAAGGAGCUGAACCAUCAUCACGUUCAGUUCGCUCGCUGGGCUACGAAACAUACCGAAUGAACUCGGAGCUGAGCAAUCUCGUGAGGGACAUAGAGGACUCUUUCCCCGAAGACGAGGCCGAUUGGACGCAGUCUUCGUCUACAGAUCAGUCUGAUCCGACUUCAAUGCGCCCUCGUGCUAUGCCCCUUUCCAUCAUCGCUCUCACACCUGCCCUGCGCGCUAUGACCCAGAACUUGAAGGGUUUUCGAAUUCCAGAAGGUCAAUUCGGGACAACUACUGAUACGUUGACCGACGAAUCUGGGCGUAGCCAGAAUCCUACAGACGUACAACUCGAGGAUUUGAAAUUAGCUACUCUCUUGGAUGCGCUGAUCGAUUCGAGCGACGUGAAGCAAAGUCGUGGUAUCGUCGGUGAUGGCGGCUUUCCACUUCACUCCUCUGAUGAAUCACAAAUACCUGCCAAGACCCCAGCAUUUUUUGACUACUCCCUAACCCAAGAAGGUGCUGAGCUUGAACUCAACUCUACCUUACCAGCUGCAGCAAGGUCGGAUAUCAACAUGGCUGUCAAGAUUGGCUCAGCGUCGAACACUCUCAAUGUCCCUGCCACUUCUAAGAUUAUCUAUAUCAAGGACUUUAAACAACUCAACGCUACGCACUAUGGCGGCCGCAUCAUCCAGAAGCUGGAGGAGCUUGUCCGCAAGCGGCGUAAUGCUGGAGAAAGUAUCAUGAUUGUAGGAAGCACAUGUUCACGCGAUCUCACGUAUGAACUAUCACACAGUGGGGUUCGCGCUCUCCAGACUGAAGGCGAGAGCACGUUCUUCAGGACCAUUGUAAUUGCAUCUGAGUCUGGCGCUAGCAACACACCAAACUUUGAUGAAGCCAUUGCAUCAUUAGGGGGUAGCUCUGCGUCUUCUGCUGAUGUCUCACCAGCAGAGAAGAGUAAACUCCGACGCAUCAACCUGUACCACAUCCAAGACAUGCUUCGCUCAUUAGAUCCAUCUGCGGCUGCCACGAUAUCGGACCUUGAGCAAAGUCCAUCACGCUUCAGUGAAUGGGCUCCCAUAUUCUCCGAGUCACACUUCAACCACGUGCUGACAUACGAUGAGGUACACAGGGUAGCGUUGACAACUCUUGGCCUGCUCAUCACAAGCCCAGCAAGUGUGGCUGAAGUCUCUGCAGAUGCACCAGCGCAGCUCAGCUGGGCACACGUUGCUCUUGCAAUGGGCUUGCUAAAAGCGAGCGAUACCGUCAAAUACGCCUAUUUUGAUAAAACUUUACAGGCCCCGAAGCGCUCCAAGAAUGCUUUCAGCAAUCUAGAUGGAGAGUUUCAAGCAGACCUAAGCAGAAAACGCCCCGAUGAGAAAAGCAUAAAACGUCAACAGAAUCUACAGCGCAUAGCUUCUACAGCCAACAAACAUGAAAAGCGGUUAAUGCCCGGUAUUGCGGACCCGGAUCAGAUCAAAACGACAUUCGAUCAAGUUCACGUUCCUACGGAAACAGUCGAUUCGAUACGAACCAUCACCUCUUUAUCACUAUUACGUCCCGAAGCCUUCAGCUAUGGUAUCCUGGCGACGGAGAAGAUAUCUGGUGCACUACUGUAUGGGCCUCCAGGCACAGGAAAAACGCUUCUUGCCAAGGCUGUCGCGAAGGAGAGCGGCAGUACCGUGCUCGAAGUUUCUGGAAGCCAAAUUAUGGAUAAGUAUGUGGGCGAAGGCGAGAAGAACGUAGCAGCAAUUUUCUCGUUAGCACGGAAACUGUCACCAUGCAUCGUAUUUCUCGACGAAGCAGAUGCCGUUUUUGCAUCCCGAGACGCCAUGCGGGAACGAACGUCACAUCGCGACAUACUCAACCAAUUUUUGAAGGAAUGGGACGGCCUCAAUGACCUUUCCGUCUUCGUCAUGGUAGCUACAAACCGACCUUUCGACCUGGAUGAUGCUGUUAUUCGCCGAUUACCAAGACGAUUAUUAGUCGAUCUACCCACUCAGGCCGACCGGAAGGAGAUCUUGCGCAUACAUCUCAAGGGUGAACAGCUAGACGACUCUGUUGAUCUAGCAGACCUCGCCAAACGUACGCCUUUCUACAGUGGAAGUGAUCUUAAAAACAUUGCUGUAUCUGCAGCUCUCGCUUGUGUCAAAGAAGAGAACGAACAUGCUGCUAUUGCCGCAGCCAAGUCUACCGCACAGCCUGAGCCUACAUCAGAACCACCCACGACCUCCACAACCUCUACAUCGCCCCAACAGUCUUCCUCGCCGCCGAAAGUGCCACAUCUCGUGCGCGGUCAAAACUACACUUUCCCCGAAAAGCGUACCCUCCAUCCACGACACUUUGACAAGGCGCUCCAGGAGAUCAGUGCUAGUAUUAGCGAAGACAUGAGCAGUCUGAGCGCAAUCAAGAAGUUUGACGAGCAGUACGGUGAUCGCAAGGGUAACAAGCGGAGAAAGGAUUUUGGCUUUGGUAUGGUUGCUGAAAGAAACGAGAGCGCCGCGCGAGUGAGAAUAUAGGAACCACUAGCAAGAACACGGAACCGAGGAAGAGAAGCGACGGUGCAUGUAUAUUUGUACGAGUAGACAUUAGAUAUGAGUGAUGAGUAUAUACCACAGUACUAGCUGCGAUUACGUUAUGGACAUGUGCUUUUUGUAAGCUUCUACUAUGACUGGACCACCAUAGUCUCUAG